AGCAGCCCAUCUUCCCCCCCCCCCCCAACCCCCUAACCCCAAGCGCACCGGGCACUUGUUGUCCAGUCCGCCCGGUAUCUUUUUUUUUUUUGGGAGAGGCGGGGGACGAUGUUCGCGGACUCCCGGAGCAGAUCGAUGUGGCGUGCCACAUGGAUUUUAUUUUUUAACCUACUCCUCCACUCCAUUCAGGCUCAAGACGACGUGCCGCCUUACUUCAAGACGGAGCCCGUGCGUAGCCAGCUCCAUCUGGAGCGCAACAGGCUGGUGCUGACGUGCAUGGCGGAGGGCAGCUGGCCGCUGGAGUUCAAAUGGAUCCACAACAGCACGGAGCUGACGCGCUUCUCCCUGGAGUACAAGUACCUGAUCCCUUCGUUGGACCGCUCCCAUGCCGGCUUCUACCGCUGCAUCGUGAGGAAUCGCGUGGGAGCUCUUCUGCAGAGGCGCACAGAAGUGCAGGUGGCCUUUAUGGGCAGUUUUGAGGAGGGCGAACGCACCCAGUCGGUCUCCCAGGGAGAGGGGGCCGUUAUCCCGGCGCCCCGCAUCCGCAGCUUCCCCCAGCCGCAGGUCACCUGGUUCAGAGACGGGCGCAAGACCUCCCCCGGCAGUCGCAUUGCCAUCACACUGGACAACACGCUGGUCAUACUGUCCAUGGUGGCGCCAGACGCCGGCCGCUACUACGUCCAAGCGGUGAACGACAAGAACGGAGAGAACAAGACCAGCCAGCCCAUCACGCUGUCAGUAGAGAAUGUAGGAGGCCCCGCAGACCCCAUCGCCCCGACCAUCAUCAUCCCUCCCAGGAACACGAGCGUGGUGACGGGCACCUCAGAGGUCACCAUGGAGUGCAUCGCCAACGCCAGGCCUCUGAUCAAGCUCAGUAUCUCGUGGCGUAAGAACGGCGUGCUGGUCACCGCCGGCUUGAGCGACUUCAACCGCCGGCUGACCAUCCUGGGCCCCGUGGUGAGCGACGCCGGCUUCUACGAGUGCGAGGCCACCUUACGCAGCAGCAGCGUGCCCUCGGUCAGCGCCGGGGCCCAUCUGCAUGUACACGAACCCCCACAGUUUAUCAAGGAACCGGAGAAGCACAUCACGGCAGAGAUGGAGAAGGUGGUGGACAUCCCCUGCCAGGCACGAGGAGUACCCCAGCCAGACAUUGUGUGGUACAAAGAUGCUCUGCCCAUCAACCCGGUGAAGAUGCCCAGGUACCGGGUGCUGGUGGGAGGCAGCCUGCAGGUGAACGGCCUCCUGCCUGGUGACACCGGGAUGUUCCAGUGCUUCGCAAGAAAUGUGGCAGGAGAGGUUCAGACCAACACAUACCUGGCAGUUACCAGCAUCGCCCCCAACAUCACAGCCGGACCCUCGGACAGCACGGUGAUCGACGGCAUGUCCGUCAUCCUGCACUGCGAGACCUCUGGAGCGCCGAGACCGGCUAUCACCUGGCAGAAAGGCGAGCGCGUGUUGGCCAGCGGUUCGGUCCAGCUGCCCAGGUUCACCCUGCUCGAGUCGGGCAGCCUGCUCAUCUCCCCGUCCCACAUCUCCGACGCCGGGACCUACACCUGCAUGGCGAGCAACUCCAGGGGCAUCGACGAGGCGUCCGCUGACCUCGUGGUUUGGGCUCGCACCAGGAUCACCACCCCCCCACAGGACCAGAGUGUUAUCAAAGGAACCAAAGCCAUUAUGACCUGCGGAGUCACACACGACCGCAGUGUAACCGUCAGGCAUGUCUGGGAAAAAGAGGGCUCGCUGGUCAACGUCCAGUCCGUCCCCCGCAUGCGGCUGGAGGCGGACGGCACCCUCCACAUCUCCCAGACCUGGUCAGGGGACAUCGGCACGUACACCUGCAGGGUCACCUCCGUUGGCGGCAACGACUCCCGCAGCGCCCACCUCCGCGUCAGGCAGCUGCCCCACGCCCCAGAGAACCCCGCGGCGGCGCUGAGCGCAUCGGAGAAAAGAGCCAUCGACCUGGCCUGGGCCAAGCCCUUCGAUGGCAACAGUCCCCUCAUUCGCUACGUCCUGGAGGUUUCUGAGAACAACGCUCCCUGGGCCAUCCUGUUGGCCAAUAUCGAGCCCCAGUCCGUAGCGGUGACGGUGAAUGGCCUGAUCCCGGCGCGCUCCUAUCAGUUCCGCCUCUGUGCCGUUAACGAUGUGGGCAAGGGGCAGUUCAGCAAGGAGACUGACCGCGUCUCUCUCCCCGAGGAACCCCCCAGUGCUCCGACACAAAAUGUAAUAGCUAGCGGCCGGACCAACCAGUCCAUCAUGAUCCAGUGGCAGCCUCCGCCGGAGAGCCACCAGAACGGCAUACUCAGGGGCUACACCAUCCGGUACCGUCUCACUGGGCUGCCUGUGGACUACCAGACUAAGAACAUUUCCAGUCCCGAUGUGACCAACCUUCUGCUGGAGGACCUCAUCAUCUGGACCAACUAUGAGAUCGAGGUGGCCGCCUACAACGGGGCCGGCUUGGGCACCUUCAGCCAUAAAGUCACUGAGUGGACGCUGCAGGGAGUGCCCACCAUCGCCCCCGGCAACGUGCAGGCCGAGUCGGUCAACUCGACGACGAUCCGCUUCACGUGGACGGCCCCGAACCCUCAGUUCAUCAACGGCAUCAACCAGGGCUACAAGUUGCUGGCCUGGGAGCCCGGCAGGGACGACGACGUUACCAUGGUAACGGUGCGACCGAACUUCCAGGACAGCGUCCACUUGGGAUACGUGACGGGACUGAAGAAGUUCACAGAGUAUUACACCUCCGUGCUGUGCUUCACCACGCCCGGAGACGGCCCCCGCAGCCCGCCCAAGGCACUGAGGACGCACGAGGACACACCCGGUGCCGUGGGUCACCUGAGUUUCACUGAGAUCCUCGACACCUCACUCAAAGUCAGCUGGAGCGAGCCCGGCGAGAAGAAUGGAGUCCUCACAGGUUAUCGCAUUUCUUGGGAGGAGUACAACCGAACGAACACCCGGGUCACCCACUACCUCCCGAACGUCACCUUAGAGUACCGGGUCACCGGGCUCACCGCGCUCACCACCUACACCAUUGAAGUCGCGGGAAUGACCUCCAAAGGACAGGGCCAGCUGUCCUCCUCCACCAUCUCCUCGGGUGUCCCCCCAGAGCUCCCGGGCCCCCCGACCAACGUGGCCAUCUCCAACAUCGGCCCGCGCUCCGUCACCCUGCAGUUCAAACCCGGCUACGACGGCAAGACUUCCAUCUCCCGCUGGCAGAUGGAGGCUCAGGUGGGUGUGGUGGGAGAGACAGAGGACUGGGUGAUGGUCCACCAGGUGACCAACGAGCCCGAGGCUCGCUCCUUGGAGGUGCCUGGUCUCAACCCAUACACCUUCUACAGGUUCCGUAUGCGCCAGGUGAACAUCGUGGGCACAAGUCCUCCCAGUCAGCCCUCGAGGAAGAUCCAGACCCUGCCGGCUCCUCCGGACGUGGCGCCCGCCAACGUCACCCUGCGCACCGCCAGCGAGACCAGCCUCUGGUUCCGAUGGAUGCCUUUGCCCGAGUGGGAGUACAACGGCAACGCGGAGCAGGUGGGCUACAGGGUUCAGUACUCGCGCGCGGGCUCGCUGGCCCGGGCGCUGACCCACAUCAUCGCCGACCGCCUGGAGAGAGAGUUCACCAUCGAGGACCUGGAGGAGUGGACAGAGUACGAGGUCAGGGUCCAGGCCGUCAACGGCAUCGGCGCCGGGCCCUGGAGUCAGCCAAUCAGAGGCAGGACGAGGGAGUCUGUCCCCUCCUGUGGACCCACCAACGUGUCGGCCUUCGCCACCACCUCCAGCAGUAUUCUGGUGCGCUGGUUUGAAGUCCCCGAGCCAGACAGAAAUGGUCUGAUUCUGGGCUACAAGGUGGUGUACAAAGAGAAGGACUCCGACGGUCCGGUUCACUUCUGGACGGUGGACGGCAACGCCACCCACAGCGUCCAGCUCACCGGUCUGGGAAAGUAUGUGCUCUACGAGAUCCAGGUGCUGGCUUUCACGCGCAUCGGAGAUGGACGGCCCAGUGCCCCGGCCAUACUGGAGAGGACUUUGGACGAUGUUCCAGGACCUCCGGUAGGGAUCCUGUUCCCUGAAGUCCGGACCACAUCAGUGCGGCUUAUUUGGCAGUCCCCCUCGCAGCCCAAUGGCAUCAUACUCGCCUACCAGAUCACAUACCACCUCAACUCCUCCGCUAGCAACACGCCCACAGUGGACGUGUUGAUCCCCAGCGCUCGGCAGUACACGGUGAGCGGCCUGAAGCCCGAGUCGGUCUACGUGUUCCGCAUCAAGGCGCAGACGAGGAAGGGCUGGGGCGACGCCGCCGAGGCCCUGGUGGUCACCACGGAGAAAAGAGCUCGUCCCCAGCCCACCAGCCGUCCCACGGUUCCUCAGAAAGAUGUCCGGGCCCGCCAGGUCCUGCUGUCGUGGGAGCCCGGCAGCGACGGCCUGUCCCCCGUGCGCUACUACACGGUGCAGCUCAGGGAGCUCCCUGACAACAACUGGACGGUCCACUCGGCCUCCGUCCACCACGAGGCCACCUCCUACAUAGUGUCAAGGCUGAAGCCCUUCACAUCCUACCAGUUCAGAGUGAAAGCCACCAAUGACAUCGGGGACAGUGAGUACAGCGAGGAGAGCGAAGCCAUCACCACUCUGCAGGACGCGCCUGACGAAGCACCCACAAUCCUCUCUGUCACGCCGCACACAACAACGUCGGUGCUGAUCCGCUGGCAGCACCCCUCUGAGGAGAAGAUAAAUGGAAUCUUAUUGGGCUUUCGGAUUCGAUAUCGUGAGCUGGUGUACGACCGUCUCCGCAGUUUCUCUCAUCACCCCAUCAACAGCAUGUCCACCUGGGGAGAGCUCGCUGCCCCCUACAGCGUCCAGAAUCUGAGUGAUUCCACUCUGACCCAGCAUGAGUUGGACAAGCUCAGUAAACACAAGCGCUAUGAGAUACGCAUGAGUGUGUACAACGCUGUGGGCGAGGGGCCAACCAGCCCCCCACAGGAGGUGUUUGUGGGAGAAGCAGUGCCCACGGCCCCCCCCCAGAAUGUGGCCAUUCAGUCCGCAACAGCCACGCAGCUGGACGUGACAUGGGGCCCUCCGCCUGUGGAUGCGCAGAAUGGGGACAUCCAGGGCUACAAGGUCUACUUUUGGGAAUUCCAGCGUAAGAAUGAGACGGAGCGGCUGCGGACUCUGUUCAUGCCGGAAGGAGGGGUGAAGCUGAAGAAUCUGACUGGCUACACCACCUACAUGAUCAGCGUGGCCCCCUUCAAUGCAGCGGGGGACGGACCCCGCAGCCCGCCGACGAGGGGACGCACCCAGCAAGCGGCUCCCAGUGCUCCCAGCUUCAUCCACUUCAGUGAGCUCACCACCACCUCGGUCAAUGUGUCUUGGGGCGAGCCGACCUUCCCGAAUGGCAUAAUUGAGGGCUACCGUCUGGUCUACGAACCCUGCACGCCGGUCGAGGAGUCUUCAGUGGCCUGUGCCGACUGUCUUCACUCCCCCUCCCCCCCAGGCGUCAGUAAGACAGUGACGGUGGAUGUGAAGGGGAGCGGCCCCCUGUGGUUGAAGCUCAGAGACCUGGCCGAAGGCAUCACCUACAACUUCCGCAUCAGGGCCAAGACUUUCACCUACGGCCCCGAAGUGGAGGCCAACAUCACCACGGGCCCGGGAGAAGGAGCCCCGGGACCCCCCGGAGAACCCUUUAUCACCCGCUAUGGUUCGGCCCUGACCAUCCACUGGACCAGCGGGGACCCGGGACGCGCUCCCAUCACGCGCUACGUGAUCGAGGCCAGACCUUCGGAUGAGGGAUUGUGGGACAUCUUAAUCAAGGACAUCCCCAAGGAAGUAACCUCUCACACGUUCAACAUGGAUAUCCUGAAGCAAGGGGUCAGUUAUGACUUCCGGGUCAUUGGGGUGAACGACUACGGCUACGGUUCCCCCAGUCUGCCUUCUCCUUCUAUAUCUGCCCAAAAAGUGGCGCCUUUCUACGAGGAGUGGUGGUUUCUGGUCGUGGUGGCUUUGGUGGGCCUCAUCUUCAUCCUGCUGCUGGUUUUCAUCCUCAUUAUCAGGGGCCAGAGCAAGAAGUACGCCAAGAAGUCUGAAUCAGGUAACACCUCCAACUGUAACGCCCUGACCCACGGGGACCUGGUCAGCCUGGACGAAGGUCGCUUCCCCGCUCUGGAACUCAACAACCGAAGGCUCUCGGUGAAAAACUCCUUCUGCCGGAAGAACGGCGUCUACACCAGGUCUCCUCCUCGGCCCAGUCCGGGCAGUCUUCACUAUUCAGACGAGGACGUCAGCACAAAGUACAAUGACCUGAUCCCUGCAGAGAGCAGCAGCCUGACUGAAAAGCCCUCCGAGAUCUCAGACUCACAGGAGGCGCUGGUGUUUUCAUAUGGGACAGGUGGCCUACAUACACUUCCACUGCAUUUGGGCAGCGACAGUGAGUACGAGGUGGACCCCAACCGACAGAAGACGCACUCCUUCGUCAACCACUACAUAAGCGACCCCACCUAUUACAACUCCUGGCGCCGCCAACAGAAGGGCAUAUCCCGGGCACAGGCCUACAGCUACACCGAGUCCGAGUCGGGCGAACCGGAUCACUGCGCCCCGCCGCCACUGCCUCCUCUACCCCCGCUGCCCCCGCAGCUCAGCUCGCCCGGCCCCCAGCUCAGCUCGCCAAGCCCCCUGCCCCAGCAAGCCCAGGGCCAGCCUCAGUGCCCGCCUCAGGUCCCGCCUCAGGGCCCGCCCCACGGCCAAGGCAGCCUGUUCAGGCCCAAAGGUAGCCGGACUCCGACCCCGUCCCAGCAGAGCUCCAACCCGCCCAGCCAGCACAGCACCCUCUACAGGCCCCCCAGCAGCCUGGCGCCCGGCUCGCGGGCCCCGAUCGCCGGCUUCUCCUCCUUUGUGUGAAAAUGCUGGAAAGGACAUCCAAACCUCUGGAAAUAUCGACCCACCUCGCGUUGAAGGAGAACGCGGUCAACCCAUUCACGUCAUUUACGACUUUCUUGCUUUUGAUUACGUUUAGUUACAUUUUUUUUUUACAUGUUACCGUUCUGCAGUCGGUCUGGAUACACGCGGAACAACACUUUGAGAGUUUUUGGAACACUUGUUUAUGGUUUAAUGUGUGGAGGUGUGCCAGUGUAGAGUUUUACCACCAGUUGCUAACACUCAUCUUCUUGCUUUUAUUUUGCUAUUUGAAUGAAGUAUUUGCAUGCAUGACCUUAUGACCUUUUUUUUUGUCACAUUUCUUUGGAAAACAUUCAAAUGGUAAUCUCUUUGAUUCCGUGCAACGUUACAAGAAUCUUUAACAAACACAUGCAUAUAAAUAUAUAUAUAUAUAUAUAUAAACAUAUAUAUAGUUGAUGUACCUUAAAAUCUAAAUCACGUCAAUGCAGAGUUUUCGUUGAUGGGGAUUGAAAAAACAAUACGAUGGAGCCAUAUCUUGGAAGCGAAGGUUGUGUGUUUGCUUGGACUGGAUGAACUGGAUUUUAAUGUGUCGGCCGGAAGAGUCAUUAGCGGACAUUGGCGAAACAAUCAUGGGUUUCCAUGGAAACAGCCCUCUAGCACACGACACACUAAUGCAUAGAAAGAUGUGGCCACCGGCCGUGGCAGGUCGGAUGUCAAUGACUGUGCCGUGCCCUGAGGGACCCUGCAGAUAUAUGAAAUGAGUGUAUAUCUGUUAAAGUCAAAGUCUUUAAAUCGUUUCUGUGAGUGUGUUAAAAGUGGAUCAGAGAUGCCUUGAUAGAGAAGCAAUUAUUUAUGAUAUCUGGUACUAAUUGUUUCUGAAACUGCUGAUGUGCCCUUGACUGCGGCAUCGUAAUGGCCGCCCGCUCGCUCCGGCAGACCUUUCCAUUUGAACCCUGACAGAUGUGGGCUGCGAAUUUGCAUUUGCAUUCACGACCCACAUUCAUUUGAACCCUUUGCUGGCUAACAUAUGCACACGUCAGCCUCAAUUCAGCAUACGGCUACCCGACCGCUUCGAAGUCCGACCCGAGAGCCUCAGAACUUUGUAAAGAGGACUGGCACGGUCACACAUGUGGGCACAGCUGCCGGUUCUGCUAAAGUGUUAACAGUGAUAUUUUGAUGAGAAACAAAAUCUUUUUUUUUUUUUUUUUUGUUCUUCUUCCUGUUUCCUCCCCGCUGGUGUAACUCUUCUUCGUCUCUGACUCACAAUCACGGGUGGCGGCGCGGAGCCCCGCUCCCAAGAGAUGAUUUCAUUGAAUUGCCUCACCUCUUUCCCCUUUUGUGUAAUCAAUCACGCUGUACUAUUCAGGUGUGACUGUAUUGUCCCAAAAUGCUAAUUGCGUGUAUGUGUGUGUGUGCGUGUGUGUGUGUGUGUGUCUGUCUGUGUGCGUGCGUGCGAUUACACGUCUUGUGCAUAAGCUUUACAGAUCAUUCACUGUGUGUCUGGUUAUAAAGAGAUGGUCCUGCAGCAGCUGUAAACCUGCCUGGAGUAACACCACAGAGGGCCAGGCGCACUCAUAACGCUAUAGUGAUGACUCAGUGGUGUGUUCCUAGUUUUCAUAGUUAAAAAAACAACAAAGGAAAAACAACAAACAAAAAAAAAAAAAAAAUCACCUUUUUCUUUUUUUUGUUUUUUUCUUUCUCUGUGGGGUGAUUUCAUUGUACGCAACAAAAAGCUUAUCAUGCAGGAUCUGAAUGGAUAUAUGAUCACAGUACAUUUCUGAAAUAAAUUAUUUUUGAAUGUUA